AUGAUUCCUUUUCUUUUCUCUUUAGGUUUUUCAAUUCAUCCUUCAUGUAAAGCACCAACAAAAUUCCCAGAACCACUUAAUUCAUCAUUUAUUCCAAAAUACGCUCAAAUUUUACUCAGACAUGGCGCUAGAACACCAAUCGUUAAAUUUCUUUCAUUAGACAAACGCGGAGUAUGGCAAUGCGACAGUGCAGACGCAUAUGCAUCAAGAAUUGAAGCAGCUCCACUUGUUCAUCCACGUAGAAUUCGGAGAAUUCUCGACCAACGUCUUGCCGAAUUCCCAGCAAACUGCCAGAUGGGUGAUCUUACAGUAGAAGGCAUGACAGAGCAUGCAGAACUCGGAGCAGCCUUUAAUAAAUAUAUUGUUAAUCAACUCAAGCUUCUUCCAGAUUACUUAGAUCCAACACUCAUCCAAGCACGUGCUACAUGGUACGAAAGAACAUACCACUCCUGCAUCUCAUUCCUCAAAGGACUUUACCCAAUUCAGGAUCCAAACGAAGUUGUUGAUAUUACAGUUGGCACAAAGGACUUUGACGUUGUCCAUCCAACAAAGGAUAUGUGCCCAGACCUCGCAGACCUCAGAAACCGCUAUUUCAACUCAGAUGAUUACAAACAAAUUUACAACGAAGUUUUACCAGUUGCAGAGCCACUUUACACAUUUACAAACACUUCUGAUAAAUCUCCAGAAGGUUUAGAGAAGAUUUGCGAUUGGGCAAUCACUUAUUACUGCAAUGAGCAAGAUUUGACUGAAAUCAUCACAGAUGACCUCGUAGCCAAAUGCAGAAAGCUCCAGAUCGCUCAUUUCUACAAAUUGAACUUUUUCGACAAAGAAAAACUCGCAAUCGGCGCCGCUCCAAUUUUCCGCGAAAUCUUCAGAGUUAUGGACCAAUCCCUCAACGAAGAAUCUACUACAAAGCUCAAUAUCAUCAGCGCUCACGAUUCUGUCAUCGCAUUCGUUUUAUCAGCUCUCGGAAUAGGAAACGACUUUACAGAUCCACCUCCAUACGCUUCAUACAUCGUCAUGGAGGUCUACAUGCUCAACCAGGAGCCUUACGUCAGAUUUAUCUACAAUGGCGAGGUUCUCGACCUCGGUGACGGCCAACAAGUCAUGAAACUCCAUAAUUUCAGACAGAAAUUAGAUCCUUACUUGCAGCAGUGUUUAACACUCCCAUGA